AUGUUGGCCGAUUCCCCAUGUCUCGAGGUGCAGAUUUGGGCGUAUGUGGAGUCAGCUCAGGCACCCGAGCUGGCAAGCCAGCGCGUGGUCAGAUUAGCAUUGACUGGGGACAAGGCUGUUGGACUGUGGCCGAUAAAUCUGACAGCCCCUGCUGAUGAGCAGCCUCACGCGAAGCUGACUGGGGCCACAAAGCUUUCGCAGGAAUUUCAAUCGCCGUUUCCUGCACAGGUGCACGUUGUGUUAGACUAUAUAUGCAGACAACCCAAUUCCAUCACCAAAUUGCUGCUAAGCAAGGUUCAAGCCCAUGGCCAGUUGGUCUUGGCUGAGCGGCUGAGCCUGAAAAUCUCAGCAAAGUCUUUGCUGAGCUCACUGCUGGCUUCAAACAGCAAUCUUGGUCAAAUGCACUCAUGA